GAGAUGUCUGGUCGCGGCAAGGGUGGGAAGGGCCUGGGGAAAGGAGGUGCCAAGCGCCACCGCAAGGUUCUGCGCGAUAACAUCCAGGGGAUUACCAAACCCGCCAUCCGACGCCUAGCUCGGCGUGGCGGGGUGAAGCGCAUCUCCGGUCUCAUUUAUGAGGAGACUCGUGGGGUGCUGAAGGUGUUCCUGGAGAACGUGAUCCGGGACGCCGUUACCUACACUGAGCACGCCAGGCGCAAAACUGUCACCGCUAUGGACGUGGUCUACGCGCUCAAGCGCCAGGGACGCACUCUGUACGGCUUUGGUGGCUAG